UUCUGCCCGUGCUAGGCGCAUGGAGCUGACAGAGACCACCCGUGAUCACUCAGGAGUGCACAAUCUGGCCUUCCAGAAAAACAGAAAAGGUGUGGAUGCUACAAAUCCAAAAGGUCUUGGAGACAAUUCACAGAGAAUCAAGAAUACACAAAAUAAGAAAACUGUACAUACUAAUCAGGAGGAUGAAUACAUCAAUAUUGAUAGUGAUCUUCAUGAAAACAAACAUGACUCCGUAGGUGAGGAGCAACCACGCUUGAAAGGGCAUUUAGAAGAGAAAUAUGAUAAAGUCUGUGAAUUUUGCAAGAAACAUAAAUCCAGAAUUCAUUACGUGAUCUACGGAAUUCUAGUAACAGCAUACAUGGCAGUAGUUAUUGCAGCCUGCAGCUUAAAUUUUCAGAGAGCCUUGCCACUCUUUAUCAUCACUGUCCUAGCCAUCUUUGUCAUCUGCUGGGAUAUUUUAAUAGCUAAGUAUGGAGAAAGAAUUGCUGCAUUCUUUUCCCCUGGCAAAAGGUAUCUGGAGAAACAGUGGUUUUGGCUGAAGUGGGUGUUGCAUGCGGCUUUUAUUGUAACUAUCAUCUGCUGGCUCAUCUUUGACACAGCAAAACAAGGAUCUCACCAGCUAAUCUCCUUUGGUGGGCUUGUGAUGUAUGUUCUCUUGAUGUUUAUCUUUUCCAAAUACCCAAACAGAGUUGUUUGGAGACCAGUAUUUUCAGGAAUAGGAAUGCAGUUUAUCCUUGGGCUUCUUAUACUGAGGACCAAAGUGGGGUUUGAUGUAUUUAACUGGCUAGGCAUUCAGAUCCAGACUUUUCUGGAGUACUCUGACACAGGUGCUAAAUUUGUAUUUGGUGAGAAAUACACGAAUCAUUUCUUUGCUUUUAAGGUCCUGCCAAUUGUGGUCUUUUUCAGCACAGUAAUGUCUAUGCUUUACCAUGUUGGAUUCAUGCAGUGGCUCAUUGGAAAGGUUGGCUGGAUAAUGCAAAUUUUCAUGGGGACAACUCCUGUUGAGUCUCUGGUAGCUGCAGGUAACAUAUUUGUGGGACAGACAGAGUCUCCUCUCCUGAUACGGCCCUACUUACCAUACAUCACCAAAUCUGAACUCCAUGCAGUCAUGACAGCAGGAUUCUCAACUAUUGCUGGAAGUGUCUUAGGAGCAUAUAUUUCUUUGGGGGUUUCCGCCUCCCACCUGCUGACUGCUUCUGUCAUGUCAGCACCAGCAUCAUUAGCCAUGUCCAAACUCUUCUGGCCUGAAACUGAAAAGCCUACAGUAACUCUGAGGACUGGUCUACAAAUAGCAAAAGGUGAAUCAAAGAACCUGCUGGAAGCAGCCAGUCAAGGUGCCUCUACCUCCAUCCUGCUGGUAGCAAACAUUGCUGUGAAUCUGAUCUCCUUCCUUGCCCUGCUGGCUUUCGUUGACUCAGCCCUUUCUUGGGUGGGCAAUCUGUUUGACUAUCCACAGCUGAACUUUGAGAACAUUUGUGCUUAUGUUUUCAUGCCAUUCUCUUUCAUGAUGGGAGUAGACUGGGAAGACAGUUUUAUUGUUGGUGGACUACUGGGUUACAAAACUUUCUUCAAUGAAUUUGUGGCUUAUGAGCGCCUCUCAAAACUGAUUCACAUCCGAGAAAAGGGUGGGAGCAUGUACAUUAAUGGUGUGAAACAGUAUAUGACUGUUCGUUCUGAAGUCAUUGCCACAUAUGCUCUUUGUGGAUUUGCCAACUUCGGUUCCUUGGGACUGGUAAUAGGAGGCCUGACAAGCAUUGCUCCCUCAAAAAAAAAGGAAAUAGCUGGUGGUGCUUUCAGAGCAAUGAUUGCGGGAACUGUCGCCUGUUUCAUGACAGCCUGUGUUGCAGGAAUGCUGACUGUCCCUGGUCUGGAUGCUCCCUGCCAUGUCUUACUAGGAAAUGCAUUCAACUCCACAGAUUUCCCUGACAACAGCACAGAGCUAGUUGAAUGCUGCCAGCAAUUCUUCACCAGUGUAAAUCAUUCACAGGAGACCUUCCCUGGAGGAAACUACAGCCUGAGUUACAGGAAAGGAUGUUGUCAAAUACUGCAUCGACCUGCUUUUCAGUGCACUUGGAUUAAGCCUUAACAGGGGGUGAAUAGACCAUAAAUAAGAGCUGUG